AUGAGCAGAACAUUUGUGACGCUAGCAGAGGUGUUGGAGACUCGAGGAGGUCCCCUUCUGGAGGAUGAAGUGUGGUCCCUCCUCCUGGGCACCACAGAAUCCCUGGUUGAUGUCUCAUACAAAGGACAUAACAGUAUGUGUAGCAUCAUAAGCCCCUCCUCCCUUCUGCUCUCGGGCACCGGCACACUGGCGUUUAAGAACUGUGCCCUAUCAGACGAGGCGUGCAACUUUACUGCGCCAGAGAUGCUGCGAGGCUGUGCUUCCUCAACCAAAGAUGUUAUGGAGAAGAUGCUGGUGUAUUCACUGGGUAUGACUCUCUACUGGUCUGUCAAUUAUCAUCUACCUCAGAAUCAGCCGGUCCAGUUGAGUAACCACCUGAACGGCCUGCUAGUGAGUAUGUGCGAGGACCUGGCCCACCGCAGGGUCAAUCUGAACAGUAUCCUGGAGUCCUGUGAGUCUCAGCACAAAGCCUCUCUCCUGCCUCCGCCCAACAGAGUAAUACGACAGCUGGUGGAGGUUGUCUUUCACGAAGCUGUGGACCAUGUGUCUGAGUCCUUUGUCCCACUGUGUGGGAGGAGUCAGAUGAUCAGAGAAAGGGUUAACGAGAGUUUACUUCACAAACCCUGGAGACAGAAACCCAGAAGUUCUCCCACCCCUGCAUACCCACCUAACAUAGACAGACUGCCACGAGAUCUCAGACACAUGGAAAGUAGCAGUAGCUGGCUGUGUCAGAGCCCCUACAUUGGUGCCCCCUCAAAGGGUGCACCCCAACCCCACAGCCCCUUCAUCACUUUCAGUAACUCCUCAGCCAGCCUCACCGAGAGGAAAGUCAAGGCUCUGGGUCCUGAGUUUAUCAGGAUGGCUGACGAACCCCAUGUAGGUCUGGAGCUUCCCGGAUCCAUAGUGUCUAAGAAGGGCAGGUCUUGUUCGUCCCAGAGAGAGGUUAGUGUGGUGUUGCCCAGUGGUCAGUCUGUAUUGGUCAGAUGUGACAAAAAGUCCAGAGGGAGAGACGUGUUCGACAUGGUGGUGGCUCACGCUAACCUGGUAGAGCACUUCUACUUCGGACUGGCCUUCAUCGAUGAUGAUGAAUAUUUUUUCCUGGACCACGAGAUUAAAAUCUCAAAAGUUGCUCCUGACAGUUGGAAAAAAGUAGUGUCGACUUCUUUUCUUGUUUUUCUACGGGUCAAGUUUUUCGUUGACGACAUCUCUUUCAUAUUACACAGGCUGACGCGUCACCAAUACUACUUGCAGCUGCGGAAGGAUAUCCUAGAGGACAGGUUGUACUGCAAUGAGGAGACGUGCAUGUUCCUGGCGGGUCUUGCUCUUCAGGCAGAGUUUGGGGACUACAUGUCUGAGUUGUAUGGUAGGAACUACUACCAGCCGGAGCAGUAUGUGUCUAAGAGAAUGCUGGAGAAGAUGGCUCUGCCCACUCUAAAGGAGGAGUUGUCACGGUUCCACGCUAACAAUGCCAAGAUGCUGCCCGAGGAGGCUGAGACCGAGUUCCUAAAAAUCGCUCAGCAGCUUCCAGAGUAUGGGAUGGUGUUCCAUCGGGUAUGCCGGGAGAAGAAGGUGGGGGAGCUAGUGCUGGGAGUCUGUGCCACUGGAAUCAUUGUCUAUGAGCUGAGGAACCACCUCCGUACCGUCACACGACGAUUCCUCUGGAGGGAGACCGAUACCAUCUCUGCCAAUCGUCGUAAGCUGACAAUAGAGUGUGGUGGUCCCAGCAGUAAGAAGCACAGUUUUGUGACAGAGAGUUCUAAGAUUGCUCAGUACCUCCUUAGUCUCUGCUCCGCGCAGCACAAGUUCCACAGUGAAAUGACCUCCAGGCAACUCAACUACAGCAUCGCUCAAGAUGAGAACAUUGAGAAGUACCAGUCUAUCUGUCGGACACGUGACUCCCAUAUGAAGCGUCUUUCAUGUUCCGAGGUCGUCCUGAACAGUGUAGAGAUACCGGCCAACCUCAGCCAAAGCGAGUCGCUAAGUAAGUUGUGUGAUGACAUCACAGCGAAGGUGGAGGCAUGUCUACGGCAACAAAGUGAGAUGAGAGAAAUCAACAGAGAUCUACCCGAGCCAUGCCCACUGUCAGAGGUGAAGGAACAGGACUUGAGUACUCCAGAGCCCAUCCCCAGAAUCAUCUCCAAUGCCUCGCUACAGAAACAGGACUCUGAGGGCUUCUCAGAGGCCCCCUCCACAACCUCCUCCAUACCAGUGGACACAUCAACCAGGGGUUCUCCAGAGAGAGAGAUCAUCUGUCUGGUCCUACGGAAAGACCCUAAAUUGGGCUUUGGUUUUGUGAUAGUGGAGGAGGACAACACAGGGAACCUGGACCUGGGAAUCUUCAUAGCCUCCAUCGUACCUUACGGACCAGCGGACAGACACGGCAAAAUCAGACCAGGUGGUCGUCUGAUCUCUCUGAAUAAGAUCAGUCUGCAGGGCGUGACAUUCACCAAUGCAGCAGCCAUCCUCCAGAGCAGCCCUGAUGAGGUGGAGCUCAUCGUCUCACAGCCCAAAUAUUCUCUGAGGGACAGUAAGACUUCUCUGGCCCCCAGUACUCAGAGUCUGAUGUUGGAGAGGGGCUUUGGGUCCCAGACCACCCUGAAUGGGACAGAGGAAGCCCUGGCUCUGUCUAACAUGGCCACAUCUAAACAUGGCAAGAGACUCCACAACCCUGUGGUCCGGAUCCUAGACGCUCAGCUGUGUUCUAGCUCCACCUCCAUCUGCAGUCUGAGGGCUGGGAAGCAGCUGGUGGUGGAGCUGAAAAAGGCUAAUGGCAGCCUGGGUAUCAGUGUAGCUGGUGGAGUGAACACCUGUGUUCAUUACGGGGGGAUCUACAUCGAGAGUCUGGUGCCAAGGGGUGCUGCUGUACAGGACGGACGCAUUCAGAUUGGUGACCGACUGCUGGAAGUUGAUGGGUCCAACUUGCGAGGUGUAACACAAAAACAGGCCGUGGAGUGCCUGAAGAGGACUGGAGAGGUGGUGCGCCUGCUUCUAGAGAAAGAGCUCCAGGUGGCUUCACAGAGCCAAUCAGGAAGCUUCAGGAGAGACAGCUCCAUGGAGAUGACCUUGAGUGGCAAGGACUACAGCUUUGUCACUGAUGACAACACUCUGGAUGUGCGGUUGAAGAAGAGUCUGUGUGGUUUGGGCUUCAGCUUCUACAUCAGUGAGUUGAACAGUGGUUCUGACCAGGGCAGCAGUGUGGUGCAGAUCAAAACUCUGUUCCAGGGUCAACCAGCCCAGGAGUCAGGACAGAUCAGAGAGGGAGACAUCAUAUUGACUGUCAAUGGAAGAUGGGUUUCAGGACUCAGCUACCAGAGGGUCUUGUUCCUGCUCAGUGGGACUCUGUCUGAGGUCCACCUGACUCUCUGCAGACCUGUUCCUGGAGUACCGUCUCAACUGGACGCUGACACACUGGUUCCAUUCCCAUCUCCUACCAGUGGGGUGAGGUCCAAGUCUCUAGACAUCAGGCUGGGAGAAGACUACAGCCAGCUGCUCAAGCUACAGUCACACCAGAUUCACCAGAACCAUCAGUACAACAAGGAGAACCAGGCCCAGAAGGGGCCUAUGAAGUCAUCAUAUGCCCAGGAACAAGCCUCCGGUCAAGAGAGUCAGGACAGCGAGAUGAAAGCAGCUGAGAAACAGCCAUCCUCACUCUCUCCCACCCCUCCCUCACCCCCCUCCCCGAUUUCCCUCGCCAGCAGAAGUGACCCAUCAGACCAUGAAGAGUUGUCUGUUGUGGACGAGGAAGUUUCCAAAAAAAUUUGCUUGGCAUCUGGUGGGUCCAGGACCAGCGUUAGUCCCAUGUACACCAGUGGCAUCAGAGACAGGGCGGAUGGCGGUUUGACAGGGCGGAUGGCGGUUAUUGUGAUCGAAUGACCAUUCAGGCUGAUAAAGAGUACUUGACCGUCAGUUCAACUUCAGACAGUCCCUCUAGCCUCACCUCAAAC